GAUUGAAAAAUUUUUUUCAGGUUAUGUAUCUGUAACUGUUUGUUUGGUGUUCUGUUGUUUAUUUCAUAAGAGACUUUAAUAUUAUACAAAUUAAUAUAUUUUAUUGUGAAAGUAAAUAUUUAGCCAAAAUGCAUCGACGUGGAGGUAAGAGAAUUCGUAUGGAUGAUCCCCCACCUGAAUACGAAAACCCCAUGACUCCCCAACUAGAGCAAGAUAACUACGGUGGAUAUGUACAACAAAAUAUCUAUGGAGAUCAGUAUGGGGAUCAAUCAGGGGGCGAUUUCGAAUCUCCUCCAACUCCUGGUAUGAGGAGAGUAACCAGAUCCAAAGCCAGAGGCCUGAAUAAUCCACCACCUCCUGUUGUACCACCUUCCUAUUCUCCAACGAGUACCGGAACUCCAGGUAGAGGAAGGGGAAGAGGUAGACCUCCCGGUAGAAAAAACACUGUAGGAGAAAUAAUUCACAGUCGCGAUGAUGACGAUUCUUUAUACCAUACAAUAAAAAACAGUAAAAAUUCAUUGACUCACAUUGUGGAUGACUGGAUAGAGAGUUAUAAAAUAAAUAGAGAAGCGGCCCUCAUUUCAUUGAUGCAAUUUUUUAUAAAUGCAUCGGGCUGUAAAGGUAGAAUUACCCAACAAAUGCAAGCUUCCAUGGAACACGCUGCCAUAAUUAGAAAAAUGACUGAGGAAUUUGAUGAAGAAAGUGGUGAAUAUCCUUUAAUCAUGGCCGGACAGACUUGGAAGAAAUUUAGAUAUAAUUUUUGCGAAUUUGUACAGACAUUGGUAAAACAGUGUCAGUAUACUAUUAUAUAUGAUCAAUUUUUAAUGGAUAAUGUCAUAUCAUUGCUCACUGGAUUGUCUGAUUCACAGGUUCGAGCCUUUAGACACACUGCUACUUUGGGAGCAAUGAAACUUAUGACUGCUCUUGUAGACGUUGCUCUUACUGUAUCGGUUAAUUUGGACAAUACUCAACGUCAGUACGAGGCCGAACGGCAAAAAACAAGAGAAAAACGUGCCAGCGAUCGUUUAGAAGCUUUAUUAGCCAAAAGACAAGAACUGGAAGAAAACAUGGAUGAAAUUAAAAACAUGUUAACGUACAUGUUCAAAUCAGUAUUUGUGCAUCGUUACAGGGAUACUUUACCGGAAAUUCGGGCUAUUGCUAUGACUGAAAUCGGUGUGUGGAUGCACAAGUUUCAUGCAAACUUCUUAGAUGAUUCAUAUUUGAAGUAUAUCGGUUGGACACUGCACGACAAGGUUGGAGAAGUACGUCUUAGAUGUUUGCAAGCAUUACAACCGUUGUAUGCCAGUGAGGAACUAAAAGGAAAAUUGGAAUUGUUUACUAAUAAAUUUAAAGAUCGUAUAGUGGCUAUGACACUCGAUAAAGAAUAUGAAGUAGCCGUUCAAGCCGUCAGGUUGGUUAUUUCCAUCUUAAAACAUCAUCAUGAGAUUCUAACUGACAAAGAUUGUGAACAUGUGUAUGAAUUGGUAUAUUCUUCACAUAGAGCUGUAGCUCAAGCAGCUGGAGAAUUUUUAAACGAACGUCUAUUCCAACCUGGUGAUUUAGAUGCAGGGAAAACUAAAAGGGGAAAACGUCGGUUACCCAACACCCCUUUCAUUCGUGAUUUAGUUCAAUUUUUUAUUGAAUCCGAAUUACAUGAACACGCCGCGUAUCUGGUAGAUUCUCUUAUAGAAUCCAAUAAUAUGAUGAAAGAUUGGGAAUGUAUGACAGAUUUGUUAUUGGAAGAACCCGGUCAUCACGAGGAACCACUAGAUAAUAGACAAGAGACCAGUUUGAUUGAAAUUAUGGUUUGUUGCGUGAAACAGGCCGCAACUGGUGAAGCACCAGUCGGUAGAGGUCCUACCAGAAAAAUGAAUUCCGUAAGGGAAGUCAAACAGGCUGGAGAAGACAAACAAAAACUGACCGAGCAUUUUAUAGUGUCUUUACCGCCUUUGUUGGAUAAAUACUCUGCUGAUCCGGAAAAAUUGGCGAAUCUCUUGAGCAUACCUCAAUAUUUCGAUUUGGAUUUGUAUACCAGUGGAAGACAAGAAGGUUCGCUGCAAGCCCUUUUAGCCAAGUUGAAAUAUAUCGUACAAGUCCAACACGAACCGGAAGUUUUAGAAACAUUAGCAAAAACUUUAGAAAUACUUUGUACAGACGGCCAUUCGAUAUUUACUAGAUGUGACGUUGCCAGAUCGACUAUCAUCGAUAUGAUAGUCGCUUCUUACAAAGAAGCCAUCGACGAUUGGAGAAAUUUGAUGCUCGGCGAAGAAACUCCUAAUGCUGACGAAGUAUUUAACGUUAUUAGUUCUUUGAAGAAAUUGUCCAUGUUUUACGCUUGUCACAAUUUAAAUAGUUGGGGAUUGUGGAAUACGAUGUUCCAGGAUGUGCAGGAUUCCGAGACAACUUUGCCUCCUGAAGCACUCAAAUAUUGUCUGAGCUCUUGCUAUUAUUAUCUUCUGUGGGGACUGAGAGAUUUGGAGAUUACCGUAGAAGGAGGUGGUUUAACGCAUUCCAGUAUUCAAGAUCUGAGAGAAAAAUUAGACGAUUUCAUUGAAGCUUCGCAGAUGUUGAUCAAAUCUUCACCCCACAAUAUCAUUAAGGAGGAAGCUUACGUAGGAUUAUGCGAUCUCUUGAUCGUUUACAGCGAACAGUUGCACAGCUCGUCUCCAUCUUUGGCCGAAUUAAUUUGUAAACCGGAUAAGAACCUUCAAGCGCUGUUAAACGAAUUCGUACAAAUGUACGUCUUCGUCCCGGAACAAGAUGCCGAACACGACGAACUUCGCAUCGAAGGUCUCCACAAACGACGUAACUUCCUAGCCGCUUAUUGCAAACUUAUAGUUUACAAUAUAAUGGCGACGAAAGCGGGCGCCGACGUCUUCAAACACUACGUUAAAUACUACAACGAAUACGGAGAUAUAAUAAAAGCCACUUUGAGUAAAGCUAGAGAGAUAAACAAAGUGAAUUGCGCUUUGACUAUGUGUUUGAGUUUGAACAUGAUGUUCAACGAGGUACAAAAAUUGAGCGGCGGACGACAAAUUCGUCAACACGAGGAAUUUUUCGCUUUGAAGGAAUUAGCGAAACGGUUCGCGUUGUCGUUCGGUUUGGACGCCGUCAAGAACCGCGAAGCUAUUACGGCGCUACAUCGAGCCGGUAUCAUAUUCGCGGUAACCGGUUCGGAAAAUGUUAGCGACGACCCGACGGGGCCUCCGCCUAAUUUACCUUUCUUGGAUAUUUUGACGGAAUUUACUAAUAAACUACUCAAACAAGAUAAGAGAGUCGUUAUGGGUUUCUUGGAUAAGAGGAUUACGACUGGUAUGCCGAGUAGUAAAGGCGAAGAUUGGCAACCUCUGCUACUUUAUAGAAAUUCCUUGUUGCACGGAGAAACUGAUCAACUGCCUACUACUAGUAAAAGAGCCUACGGAAGAAAACGACACAAGUCUCCUGAUUCUGAUGCCGAACAAGACGAUCUGUCGGAUCAGGAUUUUCCCGGUAAUUUGUAUGGUUAAAGAAACCAUUGUAUUUAUUUUAUUAUGAUUAAGUAAUUUUUGAUAUACCCAAGUGUAGUUUAGUUAUUUUUAUUAAAUUCUAAAACAUUUUACUCCCUUAUUAUACCAAAUUCUAUUUCCAUCACCUUUAAUACACUGUUUACACUAUCACUACACCAUUACUUACAAUUACACUAUGACGCGCGUUUAUCUUCAGUCUCUCAAAACGAUAACUUGGUUAUCGAAACGCACGUCAGGCAGUGUAAUUGUUAGUGGUAGAGUAAACAGUGUGUUUAGUAUGAAUAUUACCAACGGUUCCAAAAAUUCCAACUUAGUUUAGUACUCGUUAUCAAUUUGUUGAGAAAGGUUCAUUUGCUCGGCUCACCCAUGUAACAUCACAGUAGGGAUGGCGAUUCUUUUCUUAAAAAUAGCGAUUUUUAAAUCGAUUCGGAUUGUAGCCUGAUGAAUCGAUCCAUAAGUAAAUUGAGGUCAAAAAGAUCGAUUUCUAAAAAUUUUUUUCAAAUAAACCUAAUCAAAGAAAGAUACAAUUUUUUAGUUCAGGGAAUUCGAUAAUAACCAUUAUUUUUAGUACCAAAAGAAGACAUUUAUUUUCUAAAUGUAUUUGUAACUUUAAGAAGAAAAUAGUUAAUAUAGCUUACAAACGUAACCUUAUUUUAUUGAAGAAAAGUGAUGAAAACUAAGCGAAGAGCCAUCUCGUGAGUUUUUUAGUAAGCAAGCGUUUAAACGGCAACACCAUAAUAUUACGAGUAAAUUCUGCUAAUUUUUAAUUAUUUUUUUUACCAAAACAGAAUAAAUCGAAUUGUCGAUAUUCAAGGGUGAAAUAUCGAUUCAGUACAACAUAUCGGUUUAAAAAAUCGAUUUAUUUGGUCCGAAGGAACGAUUCUUCACUUAAUUGAUUUCAGAUUGCCAUACCUACGUCACAGCUUAGUCAUUAUUUUCAUAAACCUUUUACAAAAUGGCCGCUGGCGUGUUGAUAUUUGUUGAGUAAAUUCGGAGGAAACAAUAAAGGAGAGUAAUAAAACAAAUUGAUCACUCGUACUUAUUAUUGACAGUUGUAAAGAUGACAGAAACGUUUCUCUACUAUAGUUAAAAUUUGCUGCGAUUAUUAAAAUAAAUAUUACUAAAAUGACUACGGUAGAAAUUUUCGUUUUGUUUCUUUUUUUGAUUUGUAAUAAAUAUUUCUCAGAAAAUAUCGAAAAAAAUAGAAAAGAAUUUUGUAAAUCAAUAUCAGAAAUUCAAUUAAAUUUAUAAAGCUUAAUCCCAUCAAUAAGGAUAAGUAACCUCCGAAGGAACCUGAAAAUAUAUUUUGAGGUUAGCCUAAAAUAUGGACUGGUUUAUAUGAAACAAAGACUGUUAUUAUCCUGAAAUUGAUAUAAACACCAAAAACGAGGCUACCAGAAUUAUAAACAGUAAAAUCUUUCAUGCUAACAUAUUCCUGAUAACCAUUAAUCGGCUUUGGAUUCAAUACAUGAUUUCGAUUCUAAAUAACUUCAUGAGGCGGUUCUUUGUAGGCAAAAUUCAGUUAUAAAAUAGGCAUUUUCAAAAAAGAAACCAUUGGUUUAUUGUGCAACCUCAAAUAAGUGCAAAAUAUGGAUUUAUGGUAUACUCCCAGAGCGGUUUUGAAAAAUGCAUUGGGGCCAAAGAUAAGGACAUGUUAGUGUUUCGCAGGGAUUGUAGAAACUGUUUGAUGUAUACUGUUUCCAAAUUUUUGAAAGAAUACCCAUAUUAACAUUUAAAUUAACUAAAACAUUGAGUUGAGGGCUUUUAGAGAUAUUAUUUUGACGAAUCAGAUCACUCUAAAUAAGAUGAAAAACUAUUCCAGAUGUGAUAGAGUAGAUGAUUUUUGGAUGGAAAUUAUCUAAAACAGUAGUUGUAGUAAAAAAAAGUGUUGCCACUUCCUCUAAUAAUUUCUCAUGGCAGUGCGACAGUACAGAGAAGAUUUUCUGUCAAUAAGGAGAUUCUGGUUGAAAAUUUAGGAGAUUCACUUAUAGGGCAAAGAUUAGUGUGAGAUUCUUUACGAAAAAUUGGUGGACUAAAAAUGUAGAUCAAAAUAUCUCGAGGAAUGCCUACUCAAGGUAUGGCGCAGCACAAAAAGACAAUUUGACGAAAACUGGAAAAGGAAAACUAGAAAAACUGGAAACGAAAAAGAAAAUAAUCAUCGAAGACUCUAAAUAAUAGAUUUGGAGCUAGAAUUAGUUAAAUUAAAAAAAAUAUUCAUCAUAAUAAAAGUGAAAUGAAUUCACGAAAUUUCAACCGGGAAAAUGUGAAAAUCAACCGGGAAAAACCGGUACAAAAACCUGAUAAGUUAUGUUGCCCAGUUAGUUUGAUUUAAAAAAUGAUUAGGAAAAAAUUAAUAAGACAAAAUUGUAUUAAUAAAAUAAUGUUUGUUAUGUUAUAUUAAGAUUGGUACUUACUGACCAUUUCAUACCAUGUCUGUUGUACAUCAAUUUUAAAUGACAUACCCGCUGGUUUAUUAAAAAAAAUAUUGACAAUAGCAUUAUUUCUAAAAUUGAAAAAUGUUAUUUAUUAUACAGAAUGUAACUAUGAAUUAACAACAUAAAAAUGUCCUAUUUAAUUGAAAUAUAAAAAUACUUUAAAA